UAAAAAUGAUUAGAUUAAAUCGUAUUUGAAUUAUAUGAAGUGAAAAUCAAAAUAAAAUGAACAGUACCCUACUUCCCGAUAAUCUAGAAAUAAAUUACAGAAACAAUCAUUAUAAACAUGCUCAAGAUGUAUUAAACAAUAUUAUUUGGUGUUCUAUUUGUAAUUUAGACUUGAAACAGAAAAUCAUCAUGAAUAAAAAAAUUAUGCUUCAUAGAAAGUUUUUAUGUCUCUGUUGUAAAAAUUGUUUUGAAAAACUAUCUGAUUCCAAAAAUGGAUGUAUAUUAUGUUCUCUGAAUACCAAACUUAAGACAUGUGAAAUAUGUAAUAGCAGUAUGUGCAAGAGAUGUAUAGACAGUUACUAUAUAAAGUCAAAACGUUCAAAGAAUUUGAAAAAUUGUUUAGGCUGUUCAUCAAGUGUUUUAUGGAGUCUUAGAUCUCAAGCAGCUGCAGUUUUAAAAUGUUUUUCACUUGAACUAGAUACUAGGCUUUUGUUAAAUGGUGAAGAAUCUGAAAACAAACAAAAUUUACGUGAAUUCAUAAUAAAGUCAGCAAUAUGUGAUGAAAAUUUUUCUCAAGAAGAUAUUUAUCAAAUUAGAGUUUUCAAUUUAAGUAACUUAUUAAAUUCAAAAAUUAGAUCAUUGUUAAAUAGAUAUCAAAAAUUACAAACAAAAAAUGAUGAACAAUGUCUAAUUAACUUUGAAGGAUUAUGUGAAAAAAUAUUAGUUGAUACUUGUUCACUUUUAUUUGAUUCUCAAUUUUUGUUCAAUGAUAACAUUAUUGAAUCAUUAAAUAACAAAAUUAAAUCAAUCAUGAUUAAUGAUAUGUUGUUGAAAACAACUGAAAAUGAUUCAAAUAAAUUCUUUAAAGAUCCCCAUUGCAGAGAUAAUUUAAUAGAACAUACCGAAGAUAAAUUACUACAAAAAUGUAGUGUUUUAUUGGAAAAAAUGGACAAAGAUAUUGAAAAAAAAUAUUUUUUAAAGAAGGAAUAUAAUAUUAACAAACCUAAUAAUAAAGGUCCAUUCAGUUACAAAAAUGAAUUAAUGGAAAUACAAACUGAUCAACAAGAAAACAAUUUAAAUCUCACAUUCCCCAUAAAUGUAAAUAAUGUAUCUCAAAUUUCACUAAAAGAAUGUACAGUGCGAUUAGAAAGGCUUGAUGAAAAAAUUCUAAGCCACUGUAUUGGUCAGAAGUAUAAAGAUAAGACAAUCAAAAAAACUGCAGAUAAAACCAAAACAAAAAUGAAGAUCAUCAAAAAAAAAAAUGUCUUAAAAAACAGCUCUUCA